ACUGUCGAGCCGGGGGACGCUGGUGUUGGAAGCGGCACUGAGGAGCGCGCUGCUGGCACUGGAGCAGGCACUGGCUGAGCAGCAGAAGCAACGGGGUGCCUGUGGGCUCUGUGCUCCCUGCCUCUUCCCUCCCUGUGCCAACAUCACCCAAAGCUGCCCACCCCCUGCCAUGCCCCCUGCCGUGCCCCCCAGCUGCCAGGCCCUGCUGGAUGCCCAGGAUCUGCCCGAACUGCCCCAACGCCACUGGGCUUUGAGCCAGGCGUGUGCCUCCUACCUGCGCCUGUGCCCCCCCCAGGGCACUCAGCCUGCCUGCACCCUGCUCAGUGCCCAGCGCUGCCAGCACCGCCUCCAGGAGUGCCUGCUGGCGAAGGCAGCCCCAAAUCCCAGCAUAGCAGCAACGAUGCCAGAGCUCUGCGGGAGCCGGGCGGACCCCUCCACCAACAGCACAGCCCCACGAGGACGCAUCAUGGGCGGCAGCGCAGCCCGGCGCGGGGCUUGGCCAUGGCUGGUGUCGGUGCGGCUGCACGGGGAGCUGGUGUGCGGUGGGGUGUUGGUGAGCCACACGUGGGCCCUCACUGCUGCCCACUGCUUCAACGGGAACCAGAAUGAGCUGGCAUGGACGGUGGUGGUGGGUGAUCACGAGCUGGGCAAGGCGGACCCUGGGGAGCGGGCAGUGCCUGUGCGACGCAUCGUGCCUCACCCCAAGUUCAAUCCCAAGACGUUUCAUGGGGACCUGGCGCUGCUGGAGCUGGCGGAGCCACUGGCACCAUCAGGCACCGUGAGCCCCGUGUGCCUGCCCAGCGGUACCACCGAGCCCAGCCCCGGCACCCCCUGUCACAUUGCAGGCUGGGGGUCCCUGUAUGAAGAGGGGCCAUCGGCCGAGGUGGUGAUGGAGGCACAGGUGCCCCUGCUCAGCCAGGAGACGUGUCGGGCAGCUCUGGGCAGAGAGCUGCUCACCAGCGCCAUGUUCUGUGCCGGAUAUCUGUCUGGGGGCAUCGAUUCCUGCCAGGGUGACUCGGGUGGUCCACUGGUGUGUCAGGACCCCUCCUCGCACCGCUUUGUCCUGUAUGGCAUCACCUCGUGGGGUGAUGGCUGUGGUGAGCGGGGUAAGCCAGGUGUCUACACUCGCGUGGCUGCCUUUGCCGACUGGCUCAGCCUGCAGAUGGACCCUGUUCCUGGCAGCUGGGAGCCAAGCUGCUUUGACCUGCUGGCCAUGUCCCAGCUGCCCCCUGAGCAGCAGCCCCUCGAGCACACCCGUCUCUGCUCCUUCUAUGCGGGGUCUUGCCGGGCUGCCCCAGGCCAAGCCAGCUGCACCCACCUUGCCAAUGAGACGUGCCGUGCCCGGAUGAGGCGAUGCGAGCUGCAUUCCUACGCCCAGACCCUGGUGGGUCUCCUGCGCCGUGCUGGGGAUUUUAUCCGAAACCAGCUUGACUUCUCUUUCCUCACCCGCACCCUGCCCCAGCUCCUGGGCAAGAUCUAUGGCCAUCUCUUCCCUGUCCGCAUCCGUAGAGGUGCCCCAGACCCAGUGAUGGUCGAGCACCCCACAUCUGAGGGACCCCUGAGACCAACCCACAGGCAGCUGCCCACCUUCAGGGAGUUUUUUGGGUCUGUGGGGCCGCGGCUGCAGGACUGGGUGCAGGCUCUGAGGGCCACAGUGGGGGGCAGCACUCUGACACCCACCCCAGAUGGGGAGCAGCUCCCUGAGGAGACAUGGCUCUUCUUACAGCAGGGUGAGGAGCUGGUGGAGGAGCUGGUGGGACAGGGCAGAGCCUUCCUCACUCAGCUCCGGGCAGAGAUGGACCUUGACACACCGUUGGAGGCCAUGCAGGCACUCAGAGAGCCAACUGGAGAGCCAGUUGGGAACCUUGUGCAGAACUGGGCAGUGCACAGAGAGAAACGAGAGCUGGUGCCCACAAUGCCAGGGCUGGAGGAAGAGGGGGAGGAGGCAGGCACAGGCAGAGUUGCAGCUUGCCCCGGCCUCAAUGCUUCUGCACUGCGGGUUGGCGUGGUGCAGGAGCUCUACGCCUGGGUGCUGCAGGUGCCAGAGCCAGAUCUGGCCAUGACCUUCCAGGAGAUCCUGGUGGACCUGAGCUCCAAAAACACCAAGGGGUUGUACCGGGCGCAGAGAAAGGUUUAUUUUUCAAUAAAGAAAGGCUCUAUUUUCUGGUAG